CAUCAAUGUCGUGCGUUGUCCUCAAUAAGAAGUCGAAUGUUCCCACGCGCUGAACUCUAAGAACGCGAGCUAAAACAAAUUGAUGAAUAUUAACUAAUCUUUUCUUAAAACUGUUGAUUGGUGGCACAAUCUCCACCUUUUCAUCUUACCUUAUGUACAAGGGUUGGUAAAGGUAAGACAGCAAGGGAGAGAAGGGCACCACCCUCACGUAAAGCUGGCCACGAGAAAGGGUUAGAAGACCUGGAGAGGUUAUGGGAUGACCUUUACCCUUUUUUAUGUAAAAUGACGGUUUGUAACAUUGAUUUCAAUGAUAUCUUUUUGUCAAAGGUCUUUAGUUAGCGUAGCAGUGAGAUACCACGAGCAGACGACAGUUGAAGUAAGCAGAAUAAUAUGUGUGCGCGCGCAUACAAAACGGAAACGGAAGUACAAGCUCUGUUCCUAGUAUGCGCUUUCGAUGACUGGUCUGCACGUAACGUUGUUUUCGCUACAUAGCUUCACCUUAUUCCACUCGGUUUACUAAUCUUUACUUGGUGAUGAAUCAACCUUCAGAGGAUCCUCCUGCCAAUAGACCACAGAACUCAGAAGAAUAUGACGAUGAAAGAGGAUGGUUUCCAGAUGACUUUCCUCGUCCAGUUGAAGUUCUCUCCAGUCUCCUGCUUGAUUCCCACAUUCCUCCAGAGCCAGAACCAGUAUCAACCACUUACAAUAGUCAUGGUACAAGCUCACAGGAUUUUGACCAUAUGUACGCAUUGCCAUCAUCAUAUACCAAUAAAAGAAAAUGCAGUGAGCCAGAGAUAAACUCAUCAGACCAGCAACUGCCAGGCUUGAGUGAGCUGAAUUCAGAAUUUGAAUCAAAAAAACCAAAACCAGCCAAAAGUUAUAUCUGUCCAUGCUGUCAUAAACAGUUGUCUUGCAGACAGUCCUUAUACCAGCACAAGCAGACUCGCCAUCCAGGAUACAAAGCAGAAACUUCUCACUUAUUCCAUUGCGAUAGGUGUCCAAACUUUAAAUACACAAAAGUUCGAGAGCUGAUUAUGCACUGUCGGUCAUUUCAUCAUGAAGAGAAAAGAGUGUUAUACAGAACUUUCAAAACAGAGAAGGAUUUUGAUGAAUGGAAAAAAGAAACUGAAAGAUCAUACUCAGUAAAGUAUGUCCAAGGGACAGGACAUAAGAAACAAAUAAAAUGUACAGUUACAUACUACUACUGCAGUCGCUCAGGUGUUUAUAGAGCUGUUACUAAUCGAAAACGAGCCACAAAGGCCCAGGGUUCAAGCAAAAUUGGUGGAAGGUGCACUUCAUAUCUGGUAGUUCGCAGAAGACUACGUAAUGGAAAAGUUGAUGUUGAGUACUGCCUUGACCAUGUACCUCACAGAGUACAGCUUGGGUAUUUAAAGAUACCAGAUGACUUGAGAAAUAUGAUAGCUGCUAAGCUUACUCAGGGAGACAAGAUAGAUAACAUUCUAGAUGAUAUUAGCACCAGCAUCUCAAAUGAGGACCAAGACACUUUGGUGACAGGAAGAGACAUUAAUAACAUCAGUAGUCAGUAUAACAUUUUAUAUACACAGCAACAUGCAAACGACAGCCAGAGUGUGGAGUUAUGGGUGCACAAAUUGAAGGAAAGCUCUAAUAAUCCUGUGAUAUUUUAUAAAGCACAGGGUGCUUCCCAUGGCAUCCUACAUGACAGUGAUUUCCUCCUUUGUCUGCAGACUCCUUUCCAAAAAGAGACAAUGAAAAAAUUUAGUACAAAAAUCAUUUUCAUGGAUUGCACCUACAGCAGUGCAGAAGACGAACUCCUUCUCACUACAGUUUUUGUUCUUGAUAGUGCUGAGGAGGCUGUACCAGUAGCGUGGGCUAUAUCAAAUCGUAAGGAUACAGAAAUAAUUCAAGUCUUUUUGACUGCAUUAAAAGCAUCCUGUGACCAAGAUUUUCCAACUGAUGUUUUUUUGAGUGACUUAGAAAGUAACUUGUACAGUGCCUGGUGUGAAGUGUUCUCAAAACCACAGAAAAGACUUUGUUGCUCUUGGCUUAUUGACAAGAGAUGGCGAAGGAAACUAUAUGAGGUUAUUCCUUCUAAGGAAAUUAUGUUAGAAAUAUAUGCCUUUUUAAAGAUCAUGCAGAAGGAAACAAAAAAGUCAAUAUUUCAGAAAAUGGUCCAGGACUUUUUGAAAUACCUGACAGAAAAAGCUCCAGAGUAUUUAGAAUACUUCUCCUCAAAUUAUGGGCUUGAUGACAGAAUUUCUCUGUGGGCUGGGUGUUUUCAGACUAAUUCUUGUGCAAAUGCUAACACGUUUAGGGAUGCGUUUUGGCAUGUCUUAAGGGACAUCAACUUCAACAAAAAGCAGAACAGACGGGUUGAUCAUUUACUUAUUGUGCUUCUAAAACUGGCUCGAGACAAAGAGGUGGAAAAGCUGGUAAAUUUAGAAAGGGGAAGUGUGAAUAAUUUCUUAACAGAAAUCAGAAACCAGCACAAAGAUGCUAAAAAUUUGACUGGAAUAGUGGAUAGUACUGUUAUUGGUGGAGAAUGGUGUAUACCUUGUCAGAUCAUAAGUGGGCAUCAGUACAGUGUGAAAAAAGUCAGUGAUUGUCAGUGUAAAUUACUGUGCAGUUCAUGUAAUGUCUGUAUUCAUAUGUAUACAUGCACAUGUCCAGAUUAUCUUAUGCGCACUGUCCCAUGUAAGCAUAUUCAUGCAGUGCACAUGCUUGUAGGUUUGUCUGAUCUUUAUUCAGAUGCAGAUCCAGACCAGAAUGAGACAGAUGACCCAAAUUUCUUUUCAUCUCUUAACUGUCAGGGCACCUCUAGAGCCACAGAGAACAGUGAUAUUGAAAAAAUGCGUACAGCUGCCUUGGCAAAAAUAGAGGAGUUGGUUGGUCUUCUAAACACUGCAUCGGACCUUGAAAUCAUCCACUUUGUUUCUGAGCGUUUAAAUGAUGCCCUAAAGGUUGCCAAGGGUAUGCAAUGCACAGAAGUAGAACAUACUUCUCCAGCAGGCAAAGCCUUUGACACACAAGACAUACAUGUUCCUACAAAGGGAAGGCCAGCAAUAAAGCUGAACAAGCCGUCUAGUCAUGAUUGAAGAGCAUCACGGUAUUUCAAGCCGCACAGUAGUCAAAGUUUAACAUCGGACAAGACGGACACAGUUGCUCGUGAGGUAGCACGAAAGAGAGCGUGCAGUGUUAGUUUAAGUUUUACUGGUGUAUCUUGUUAUUUAAUGUUGACAGGACUGUCGUUUAUUUUGUGGAGUGAAAAGAGCACGUAGACGUCAGCGCGUGCGUGAGAGUGCUGGUGCGCGUGACGUGACACGUACUAUUAUCCAAUCAAUCAGAACUUUUAUUUGUAAAUAAAACCAACAACUUGUCUGCAUAUAUGGUGCUAUAAGACUACAUGUUAUAAUAAAGGAAUGUAUUCGUU